AUGGCUCUUUUCAGUCUGCUCUAUAGUGCAAUAGUCACGUCAGCUGCUCAGCGCCAACCAUUCGUCGAGCUGAAGGCCGAUAAGCAGGAGUCCAGGUCCAACGCUAAGCUCACCAUCCUGUUGGAUUAUCUGUCCUAUCCAAUUUUCUACAGCUGUGUAGCAACAGCACGAGUGCCAUCGGACGUGAAACUCGAAACAACGGGUGUACUGGAUCUAUCGCUUCUGACACGGGACACCAGUAUCCUGGCUGCGCUAGAUCUCUCCAACGCAAUCUGGGGAUAUGGAGCAGGUCUUCCUGUAUGGAUGACAGCAAACAGAAGUUUUGAAACAUUGGUACCCUCACACCAAGUUACAGGCGACAUCUUGGUGUCGAACGUGGCGUAUGGCGUCAAGCCACAGUGCGUGUUGGUACCGUCUUCUCAGGUCAACGCUACGUAUGCAGCCAACUCGGUCUUGGGUUCUAUCCUAAUCAAUUUCGCCGAUCGCGGCUGCGAAAUUGAUGAUAUCGACCCAUGGCCAAUUACGUCGUCACGUCUCCUGUAUACAUACACCUGGAAGCAGCACUGCACCGGCAGUUCGGAUGCGCAAGAUCGUAUCGGCAUCUUUGCAGCAGCUUUUGAUGCUGCUAGCGGAAACAAGCUAUCCAACCUGACAGUAAUUUCAUGCUUCCCAACGUACUGGAGUACAAGCAGGGCUUUGACAAUGUCAUUUGACAACUCUGUGGCCAAGCAUAUCGUGAGCGACGAGCAUGAAGAGGGCAAGGACGAUAUUCAACUGACAGGCGCAGUCAGCUCUGCCUUUCGUGCGCUUCAUGACGGUCUGAGUUUGACCCGGACACAAGAAGGCUCAGGUGUUUUAGAGGCAGACAGUUUUGGGAGAGUGGUGCACGGGUAUGCUCGGAGACUGAGGCCUGAUGUACUGAUCGAUCGUGGAGCGCUACUGCAGGCUACCGAAACAGUGUAUUCGACAUUUUUCGCCGCACUCGCUACGACUGAGCUCAUGCAACAGCCAAGGGAGGUGCGGAUGCUCGAUGCUCAACUGUUCUCAGAUGUUACGAGGCUGUUUGCUAGUCUGCCGAUUGCUUAUGUGCUAAUUUUCUUGCUCUUCUCCAUGAUGCUGUCGACAAUCGGUAUCUUCGUUCAUGCCGAGCGCAGAAAAUCCAGCUUGCAGGAAGAGCCCCGAGGUCUGCUUUGGUGGGCCAUGAUCCUUAGCAGUAGCGACCUCAUGACUUUUGUGGAAGAUUUCAAAGCUCAACAUCCUGUGGUAGAAAAGCCAGGAGAGCAUAUCGAGAAAUAUUGGGAUGUCAAAAGCGCAAAGUGUUGGUGUGAACACCGGACAGAUGAGGUCGGUGGUCGAAUUCGUCUAGAGGACCUGGAGGAGAGAAUCCCUGGUAGAAGCAGUUGGCAGAAAUUCACACAAGGACUCCGCUGGUCGAGGCGUGGAAAGAAGCCUUCAAAGAAGUCAGAACUGGUUGAGCAGGUGCCGUUGAAGGCGCAAGCGGGAUCAUUGACUGCCACUGCAGAUCAACAUGCGAUGAACUGA